UGUGGCAAGGUUUUGAUUACUCAAUAAUUAGAAGAAAUAGUUGAUCGGAAAACCGUGAGUGGCCUCCGUAACGGAAAGGGAUAACCCCUCCGCUCUGCCUGUCCCCGGGCGCUCCCCGUUUCGCCCGCCGUGCGCAGUCAGCGCGAACGAUCUCCGCCGUGCUGAUAAAUUCCGCGUGAUUGACGUUUCAUGGCGUUGAAACUAAAUACGAGCCUUCCAAGUUGGAUGGGAGGGAGGAUUAAAAGGAGGAGUAGUUUGUCGGGGUUUUUAGAGAGGUAUUUCGUGCAGAGGUCAGGGGUUUGAACCGAGGGAAAGGAAAUUUCACCCAUAAUUACUACGGGUCGGCGCGGCCUACCCGCUGGGCUUCGUUACGCAUUUUUACGGAAGUUGGACGGAGGGACAGCGCCGAGGUCUCCCCGGGCGUGCGCACAGCGGCGUGUGGUUUUGCGCUGUCAGAAAAAAAGUUGCCGCUAACGGGUUUGCCUGCGGUGUCGGCUGGGCGUUGUUGUUAACGGUGCGUAGUGUGGAGAGAGUGCAGAUUGCCCGCCGACUAACAUUCUGUCUGCAGGCAAUCCAGAAUGCCCGUCUGUGAGAGAUUUGAACCUUCAGUGCCACUGAAGAUGGCAGGGUACAGCUUGCCUCUUCACGUGCAAACAGAUGAAGAGGACUACGUGGUAGAAGACAACUAUCAUGACAACGGAAUGACAAGUCCACACGAUUUGGGACCUUGGAUGGAAGAUCAGAGCGAUGGUGGCGGAAAAUUUCGGUUGAAAAGACGUCGACGGUGUGGACAGUGUGGUCCAUGCCAGGUAAAGGAAAACUGUGGCAAGUGUCAGUACUGCGUGCGAAAAGAUGUCCUCAAGCAAGCUUGCAUUUAUAGGAAAUGUGUGUAUCUUCGCAAACCUGUGCCACGCUUUAGACCAGAUGGUGCAGGCAGCAGCAGCAGCAGCAGUGGUAGUGGAACUGUUGGCGGUGGGGGGAGUGGGACUGGGAGCAGUGCAAACAAAGCUUCGCCACAAAAAGUAUCAUCAGCAUCUGCAUUGUCUAAUCACCAUGGGCCAACCGCAUCACCAUUUAAUGCCUCAACCAUGGCUGCAGCCGCUGCAGCAGCUCAGUCAGUGGAGUUAAGCUCUUGCCGUCUAGCACAGAGCCCCUUUGGACUUGCAGUGAAUAAUGGUGUCAUUGACCCCCUUCGGAGCAGCACACUGGACCAACACCGCAGUGCACAUUUUGAAGCUUUGGGUGUUCUGGAUCCUGCACGGACUUCAUACUUGGCUAGUGCUAGUGCACGUGGACUUGACCCUGGCAGGAGUCCUGUGUUGGACCUUGCUCGUAACACCAACACGGCUGAUUCUGGACUUGGCACCAGCACGGGUUCCCUGCCCACCUCACCAGCCAACAGUACCAAAGAUAGGCCUGUGCCUAGAGAUCAGUUUCGUGUGCCGAUGGAACAGUGGAGUGCUAUGCCGUAUGGAUUCCCUCGGCAUCCUUGGACUCAUCCAGCCUUGCAGUCCAAUGCUGCAGCAGCUGCUGCAUAUGGUUUUCAGCCCACCACCAGCCCGUUUUCAAAUCCCUUUAGUUCUUCUUGUCGUUUAGGCAUGCCAGAUCCCACCAGUCAUCUUACAGCUGCUCCGCAAGCCACGUUUCAUAAUAACUUCAACAUGCCUUUUCCAAGGCCAGAUUUGGCUUCCCACGCCAAUUUCCGAAGUGCAGCACCCAACGAUGCGACCCACCAUGACUCCGCCAUUUUACCCGCCACCACCACAGCAUAUGCCCUCCAGUCUUCCCAACUUUCCCACAUUUAACCAAUUGCCCUCAAGUGCAGGACCCCAUGGCACAUAUCCCAUGGCUCAUCCACCUAUGUACCCAAGCAAUUUCUAUACAUCUUUCCGACCUCCCACUGAACCACAGAUCUACCAUGCCCACAUCUCACCACCGCAGCUCCCUUUUUCUGCAGACAGAGGCUUUGGGGCAGGAUUUCUGCCAUUUUUAGACAAGAAUUUGGACUUCAAUAAAAGUGGCAAAGAAGAUGACAAUGGUAUGCAUAAGAAAUUAGAUUUCUUAAAUAUUCCAGGCUUCAGAUGUUCAUCUGAUAACUUUUUGUAUGAAAAGCUGGAUCUCCUUCGAGACUUUUCUGGGGAAAAAGUGGCAUCAGAACAACCAUUUGAUGAAACCUCAAAAAAGGAUAUGUAUGUAAGCAAAUUUGUUAAGAAAGAACCAGCUUUGGUUGUUGUGCCUGAACUAAGUAUUGACAAGGACCUAAGACAACAGUUAAAAAUGGUCUCUGACAGAAAAUGUGAUGUUAUCAGCAUUGAUGACCUAAAGAUGCAAGCUUUUAUUCGUUCUGAUGGUUUUAAUAACUUGGAAAUUGAGAUUGAUAGUCCUCUGAGUCCUGUAAAUACUGUACCCUCCAGUAACAACCACCUUCGCCAAAGACAUCAAAGUUUGCAGCCUUCAUUUCCAGAAAGAGAAUCAGAGGAAGUGUCUGGUGCAGGCAAGGACGAUUCAAGCUCAUGUCACCAUGAUUGUGACGAAAGUGAUAAUGGGGUCAGUGAGUCUUCAAGCAGCAUUGCUUCGCUUUGUGUGAAAGCAGAUCCAAGUACAGGUAGUAGUGAAGAAAGCAUUCACAGUUUUGAUACAGCUUUGACAAGAAUUGUGUCUGAUGAUAUAGAUGUGUGUAUGGAACAGGAUCUUGGUGAAGAAGGCAUUGUUCAAGUGGACAUCACAGGCAGCAAGAUUCAGCUGGAGGAAGUGGUUUUAGAUGAAGAGACCAUAGGUAUGUCCUCGGACCCAGAUGACCUAGUUAGGUUUCUUGCUCAGCAUGUACCACCACCUGCCUCCCCCAAGACUGUUCGGGACUUAGACCAGGCUGUCAUUCCAUCUUGAUCCUGGUUGUGAUCACUAGCAUUUGCAGGUGAAACUGGCAUGCCUGAAAAUAAGAGAUUGCAUAGCUCCUUGUUUGACUUUUCAAAUUUUUUAUGAACAUAAAUGGAGGUAUUUCCUACACUGGUGGUAGUUUUCCCUAUUUUGAGAGUUCUUCUAGAUGGAUUCCAUACAUCCUAUUUUUUGUGGCAUUUUCAUCAUGAAAUAUGUGUAUGUGUGUGUGUGGACAUGCUAAUGCAUGCAUGUGCAGUCACUAUCUGAUGCAUGUGUUCAUGCAUGUUUGAGUAUGCACUGAAGUGCAGGUUUUAAGAACACAUUAAUAUCCACAUUUCUUGUGUUCUUUUCCUCAGAAGAUUUUAUGUCAAUUUCAGUGUCUACUUUUCCUAAAACAUAUAUAUGGAGUGAUGACAGAUUUUAACUACAUUGCUAAAGUGGCAAUACUGUAUACCUCGUAACUAAUACUUUUCAAGAUAUGUUUUAAGAAUUUAUUUUCUUUUUUACCAUUUGGGUCAGCUAAGUCUUUGUUAUUUGAUAUUUUUUUAAAGACAUGACAGUUACUGCCCACAUGUUCCAUUCCUAGUUAAAAAUGGAUCUGAGAGUACUAUGGUUAUCUUUCACUGUGGAAGAAUUGUAAAGUUUUCAGUACUGAGCUACAGUAUGACUUGUAAUAUGACAACACUGUAAUGUAUUUAGUCAUUUUAUAUUUGUUUCAAGUAAUGCAGAUCUUGCAUAUUAGAGCUUUUUUAUAGUGCAUAAUAAUGACUUUGUCAAACAUAAGUUUUAUAGCUGAGCCGAUACAAUAUGAAAACAUGAAUCUUUGUGGGAGGGUAAGGCAAGUCACAUUAAAACACCAUUGUAGCACUUACCAGAAGCCACACAAUGGUUCCUUGAAAGUGUUUUCAAACAGAUGUGCAUUUUUAAAAAUAAUUUUCUUGGGUUAAAUUUCAAAGCAGUUUUCUUUUUCAUGAGAUUAAAAAAGUGAUAUUAAUAUUAGUACUAGUAGUCUGGCAUUAUAAGUUUUUCACACAACCUGUAAACACCUGUAAGAUUUUCUUUCAGUUUCUACUGUACUGCUGUAUUUAUACAAUUUUAGGAGAUGUCACAUUAUUUUUAUCAACAUAUGCUUGUUAACAAAGAUCAUUGUUUUUAAUCUUUCUAAAAAUUUCUUUCAAGGAUGACAUCUGUAUUUUUUGUUUUAAACAACUGGUAGGAGCAAAGUAGACCUGUGUGUUCUUGAAGUUCUUUUGCCAGGAUCUCAGAAAUACCAAACCUUGUAUUUAAUAAAAGUUACAUAUAUCUACAGAUGUCAGUAGAGGUCUAAGAAUCUUUGACCCCUUGAAAGUGUAAAAAGGCUUGAUAGUUAUAAUUUUGUUUACCUUGUUUGCUUUAGCUUAAUAGUAAUUAUUUUUAUUUUUUUAUUUUAUGAUUUUGUUUAUUUUCUCAGCAGCAAAUCAAGUUUACUCUUCAGGAAUGAACUUUAUCACUAUAUCACUUUAAAUUAAGAAGAAAAGAUAACAAAUUUGGAAAAUGGUAUAGGUUGGUUAGUUCUCUGUGAUGGAAAACAUUUUAUAGACUAUUUAUUUGCCUAGUUGCUUGCAGUGUCUUAAACCAUCUUUUGAUCCACUACAGCAACACUGAUUUAAAGUAUAUAAUGAUUUGUAAAGCAUUAAGAAAUUAUUUUGCUUGUAAGAACAGUUUUAAAUAAUAAUUAACAUGUUUGUGAUAUUUUGUUAUGUGUUAAUUAUAGAGGGAUAGUGUAGUGACUGUGAUUAGUAAGAAUUAAUCUUCCUCAGAAAUCCAAACAAGAACAAAGUUGUGCCUUGGCACAUUGGUAGAUUUAGUAAAGUAAUAGGAUUUUUUAAUUAAGUUAAAUACCACUUGUGCUUUUUAAACUGUAAUACAGAAAGUGUGAAUCUUUUAUUUUUUAAUAACAAUAAGGCUAUGACUUAUUGUAGUAAGCAUAUAAAUUAGGAAGUUUGUUUAGGAGUUCUUAGAUGAAGAAUAAAAAUGUUUCUACUUUAAACAUGUUUAAAUCGGAAUGGAAUAAACUUCCAGUUUGUCAGAUAUAACCACUUAGUUUAUAAUGCAAAUUACUGCUACAAAUGAAUAUGGGCUUUUAUUGAUAAAGUAUUGAUUUCCUUUCUCUGUUUACAAAAAUUUUUUCCAUCUCUGUCUCUCCAAACAAACUAGCACCCACAUUUUUUUUUUUCAGAGUUGCUGUUAUUUUGUAAUUGUCAAGGCUAGUCAAAGGAAGGGUUCACAUAGGUGGUAAAAACAGAAUAGAAAACUUUGUUGCAUGUGACAUGAGAGUUAAAUUGUCUCUUGACAUCAGAAAGAUUCAUAAAGUGAAUGAAGGUAAAGGAAUGGAACAAAAUCAUGUGGGAGAGGGCUAGCUAGACUGAAAAGAUGUGCUUCCAGCCUGAAUCCUUGAACUAACAGCCUAAUUUGUUGGUUCUAUAAACUGAGAUUUUAAAGGACUAGCAGAGUGCAUUUUCAUAGUUUAGAUCAAGGUACUAUUUCCCCAAAUUUUAAUGAAUACCCUGGUUGUAGCAAACAUCACCAUAUGCAGAAAAAGGUCAAACUUGUGACAUCACAUUUGUCCACAGAUAAGAAUAAUGAGCGCAUAUAGUCCCAGCCAGAUUGACUGAAGCCUUGACAACCUAAAUGUAUUUAUGUACUGUCCUGAUGUCUGUUGACUUUACAUAGCUGAUAGAAAACAGUAAACUGGACAAAAAUACCAUCCUAUUUCGGUUAUUUUAGUCUGUUUGAUCUGCUUGAAAAACUUUCUUAAUAUAGCGUUUUUGUUCUUUUGGUUUUUACUUAAGUGUUGGUUCAUUGUGAUUUGUGUCAGCAUUUUCAGUGGAACUUUAAAUGGGUAUAGCUGCAGCAGUUACUCAGCAUGCAUAGUGUGGGUGUACUGUUAUUCAGAGUGCCUUACAGGAUUGACAGUCAAAUGCAAAGAGUUGUUUGAGCAGAUUGAGACAACCAGCAUUUAUUGUGUCUUUAGAAACUUGUAUUCUGUUUUGCCCCCUCUUUUUUUCCUGGUCUGUUGCUGAACUGUGUGUUCUAAGCAGACAUUGAUUGCUCACAAAUAAUAGACCUUACCUAAAAUGUGCUCAUUUGUGCUACAGCGUAGUUCAGAUCACAUCAGGGAUUUGUUUUUUGUGGUUUAGAUCUGUUGCUGGGACAAUUUUUUUCAUAAAUUUUGGUUUGCUUUUUCUUGCUUUGUUGUUUGCUUGCUGGAACAGCUGCUCUGCAGAAUGCUGGUCUACUUUACACUGCUGACAAGACUGGGUGGGAGGAAUGUGUCAUUAUAUAACUUGCAACAAUUUCAGUACUGCAUAGAUUUUGAAUGGGAAAUUGAAGGUCAGUUGUUGCAUACGUUUAUUAGGACGUGAUAAGUCUAUAGAAGUUAGAUGAAUUUGAGUAACAUAACUGAGAUAACAGUCUUGUGAUAGGGUGAGAAGUUCUUUUUGCAGGUGCAUUUCUCUAUUUAGCAGAACAAUACUUUGUUCAAGUAGGUGCACAACCAUUUUGCAAUUUUGUUAAUCUGACACAGGAAUAGCUGUUAUGUUUAAUGCUAAUAUUCAGUAGAUUGCAUUGAUUUGAAACAUACCUGAACUGGCCAGACCUACCAAAAAUCAAUUUUUGUAUGCAGUUUUGAAAGGAAACAUUUUAGCUUGUCUUUGGGAUCGUGAUUGUUUGACAUUUGUAUGUUCUUUCCAGUUUUAUAGUCUUGUGAAAAAUGGUAGGAAACAAAAGAGCAUUUUCAGCACUUGAUGCAUACUGUAGAAUUGUUGAUUAAUUUAGAUUGUGGUGUAAGAUUUUUUGCCACUAAUGAUGACCAUGACAAAAUACCCUGCAUGGCCUUGCAUGGGAUGUAGUUAUCAGAUACUGCUUCAACUUCCAAGUUUUUGCUUUUUAAGAAAAAAAAAAGUCUGGCAAGGGUUCAGAAUGACAGAAUAUAAGCAGCAAAAAAAAAAAAAAUUCUUGAAGGAUGUAAUCUUAAUAUAUCUUUACAUCAACAUUUUGUUUUUGUGUUAAAUUUACAUUUUUUUUCCCAGUAGCUCAGUGUUUAAGAAAGUGGUGGCUACCAUUGAUAACACAUAAAUCGAGAUUAAUUGGACAGAAUCAGGGUUGGGUGAAAUUACUAAAAAUGAAAAGAAACAGCCAAAAAAGUGGCAUGAUAAAUGAUUGCAUAUUAUUAUUAAGGAGUCUUUUAUUUUCUAGAAAAUUUAUCUUAUUGUCAAACCAUAGAUCAACUUUUUUUUUUCACAAUUGUCUGCACUCGGGAAAGAUGAAGUAGCACUUUUUAUGAUCAGCUACUGAGUACAUGUGCUGUGGAGAACAGGUAGAUAAUGUUGCCAAAUCUGGCAUUAUUAGUCUUGUCCUGGUCCAUGACUAGUUAGGGCCAUUGCAUAAAUGUAUUGAAUCUCUGUGAAAGACUAGAUAGAGAAGUCAGAACACAAGCAAUAUGAGUACAUGUGAACCUUGUCAAAACAUUGCUAAGAAAGUGGAGGAGGCAGCAUGAUAAAUGAAAGUGGCAUAAGGGAUCCAGAAAACAUUAGAAGUGAAUGUUAUAGUUAAUGUUUAUGAUUUUUUUUUAAGAUUUAGAAGAAUUAAAACGGAUCAUACUUUGCUGUCAGUCAGUUAAUAUACUUUUUAUGUAUAAAAACAUUUGCAUUACAGCUGACUUAAAUCAGGUGUGUGUGGGGAAAAAGGGCUAUAUAGAUGGCGUUCUAUCUGCUGGUGUCACCGUGGUUGCAGACAAAGGCUGCACAGCCUCUCCAAUCAGGAUGUGUGUUGUAGUCUACUGAAGCGGCAGACAAUAGUACAGUGCCAGCUCACCACUGACACUGGGAGGUGGUGGGCUGGCUUGAAGCAUAUUCAGUAUUGAUCUUUGCUGUCUGGUCACCGCUUGCUGAUGAGGACUGUUGAAUGCAGCCAGGCCCCAGAUUCACACACAGUCUUACCUGGCACAGGUGUCAGCAAAGAUAAUGGAAUUAGGAGUGCUUUUCCAUACUGAACCUUUCGUUAUUGCACUGUGUUGGGUCCUGUUACAGUAUUGCAUGACCUGUAUUUUAUUUUUAACAAAUAGUGGAUAACCAACCAUUUUCUCAAAUUAAUGAGGAGUGUAGCCUGCAAACAGAUUGGCGGCCUUACAUUUAUGUUUCAGAAAACUAGUCCUCUGGUUAAGUCCCAGAAAAGGUUGCAGCAUUCUAUCUGUAGAUAAUGUCAGUUACCAACAAAUGUAUCAUCUUUCAGCAAAAUACAUUUUUGCUUCAUUUUCUUUCAAUAGAGGUACUGCUUGGCUAAAUCUGCAUAAGUGAUAUAUAUGUAGGAACCAAUGUCACUGUAGCCCAUAGAAUCUGUUCGUACUGUCAUAAUGUAAGUGAGGCUGAGGGGAAGGCGGCUUUAUCUGUGAGGGAGACAUCUCUUAUUAAUGCUGGUGGUGAUUUAUUUGUUAAUAGUACUGCAUUAGCAUUAGUUUGUGAGGCCAGAAAGGUCUGGUCUUCUUGUUUCCCCAAUUCUAGUAUCUUUGUAUUAUUUGAAAUGGUAUUUUAUGGUGGUUUAUUGUUUGUUUGGUUAGGGUCCUUUGAUGGUGUGUACAUUUGGAGAAGGGGAAUAAGAAUAAACCCAUUCUAGAAGACUUAAGCAAUUCAAAGUACAGAGAGUGUUGUCAGUGGCUGCAUUAUUCCAACCCCUUUCAAAAUAGUUAAAAUGAAUGGAUUUAAUUUUUUUGUAACCAAUAAAUAUAAUGCCGUCUGCUUACAGCGCCUUAAAUAUGAUGUAGGUAAUCUUGUAAAAUCCGCCCAUCUAACCUUUCUGCAUGAAUAUUUUGUGAGCUGUAUGAGUUUUACUUUUAUUUCCAUAGAUGAAAAAAAUUAGGCAUCACAUUUACAAUCAUGUCAGUGUUGCUAAACUUGUGUCCAGAUGGAUGCAGCAGAUCUUAACUUGUAUGCAAAAUAUUUGACUAGUGAGUAUUCGUGUGUGUGUGAGUAUGAGUGUGCACAUGUGCAUGAAUUUGCCUCUUGUAAGUCUUGCAAGCCCACCAGCUGCAUUUAUCUUUGGCUUCUGUUGGCUAACUCUGCUAUCUGUGGACAAAUGAUAUUGUUGAGUUUUCAUGGUGUUGGGACCAAUAUAAAGGGAAAAGCAAGAUAAAUGGUAAGUUAGCUUAAGUAAUGGAUGUGUUUGGGUAACAAAAUGAUCGUUUACUUGCAAUCAUGCGUAAAGCACAGGUCUGAGGUAGCUCAAGUAGGCUGCCAUCUUGUGGUGUUAAGUGGUGUCACUGAACUGUCAGUCUUCAGUGGAGAGGUCAAAACGCUGGAAUCCUGAAUUUGUAGAUAGUGCAGUGAAGUUUUUAAAUGAGCACAGUGAUGAAAAAUUUUGCAAAUUGGAGAAUACUAGCAUGACAGAUGAUAGUGUCACAAACAGUAACAGUUUAAAUGGGUGCUUCAAUAAGGCUGUCAUUGUGGGAGAAGUUGUUGGGUCAGUAGUAUCUGUGCGUGAGAAUUAGAAGAAUGCUAUUGCAAAACUGAAUGAAUCUUCUUUGGAGUCAAUUGUGUUGAGAUCAGUUGCACUGGCAGUAGAAUUUUAGAGAUCCUUUAAACCAAUGAUCCACACUGAAGGUAGGAUGCAGUCAAGUCUACUUACAACCACAGAUUGGAAGCUUUCCCUGCUUCAUAUUUUGAAUCAAAGAUGCACUAGCCUAACAGGAUCACAGCACUGCUCAAAAAACUUUUAUUUUUAAUUUGUCCUGUGGGCACUUCAUGCAUUAGCAUAAACUUUUUUUUGUUUGUUUUUUGUUUGUGUGUGUGAAAGAGUAUGCAAACAGGUGGCCUUAUUAAAUUGGCUUGUUAGAUGUGGUUGUAAGUAAAUGAUUCAUUUGCAACCCAAAACUUUGGACAUUUUUUUGAAUGUCAUAUCUGUCAUUUAACUUGGCAUUUCCCUUGCUUUUCCUUUCCAGCCAUUGGAAAACAUUUUGCAGUUUGCAAGCAUUUUAGAAGUUACUGCUAAGAAUAGACACAUGUAAGAACUUUUUCAGUAUGAAGUAUCCCAACACAAUUGUUCCACAUUUGUUGUUUCUAGAUUUAUUGCCAGUCUAAGUUUGCAUGUUUCCUAGCUAAUAAGUGAUUUUUUUUUUUAGCAAACGUUUUCAAAGAAAUUUGUUUAAUAGCUAAGGGCAUACCACUGUUUCCAUCUGACUAUUUUCUUCUCAGAUCUGUAUCUUCUAGCUUGGAUACUUGUGUUAUAGAGCUUGGAACAUGCUUGGUUAAAAUGUGGAUGUUUCUUAUUACUAAUGGCACUUUGAACUUAAUUGAAUGACCUUUAAUGAUUGGAAGACAUCCAGACCAGAAGAAAAUGCUCUUUUCAACAUAACAAAGCCUUAAGAAUUAAUAGCUAUUGUUUGAAUUGCAUAACAUUGUGUCCAUUAGUCCCUCUUAACUUUCUGACAUAUGGGACCAGUGGAGGGCUGAACAAUGUGGUGUAGACAUACCUGUUCUGUGUUUUCUGUAGUGCAAUGUAUUAGUAUAAAUUUAUAACUGUGCAGGGAAUGUGUAAAAUAAAUUUUGUAUACUGGUAUGUGUAUAUUGUAUAUUCAUCAUAAGUCCAUCUUUCCUGUAAUAAAGUCUUGUGUAUGUGUGUGUUACAUGUUUUUGCAAACUUGGAGCUCAGAUCUUGUUUUGGUAAUGACUAAAGGUUCUACAGCUUGGAAGGUGAUGGUUUGUUGGGGAGGGGCAAUUGUGGGUGUUGGACCUGAAGAUAAUAGUAUUGCUAAAUGUUCCUACCAUGUCUUUUGUUUCUAAAAAUGAGCCCUUCCCCAGCUCCAUACAAUUUUCAGCCUCCUUUUCUGCUUGUGGUAAGUGGCAUAUUUACUGAUUUGAAAUACAAUUUUGCAAUGGUUGUUAAAGUGAAAAAUAUGUAUAUGUGCACUUUUAACUGAAAAAUGUCUAGUGUCUCAGGAACAUAAGAAUAAGUAAAAUUUAAUAUGUAUAUAUCAAGUGUUUUGUCAUUCUGCUCUGCCAUCAUUUUUGCUAAAUAUGCUGUAGAUGGUGGCUAUAAGCAUAGAUUGUACAUUUUUGUAUGAUUUGAAAAUGUCAUUUCCACUUUUUGUUUUGAAGCAGAAAAACCUCCAGGAGAUGCAUUUUCAAUGAUUUGAAGCUGCAAAAUAGCGAAGUUUUCAUUUUCUUCAUCAAUCUGUGUCGUACCUAGUUCAGAAGAACAUGCUGACAUUGUUUUGUUAUUGAAUGAAAACAUUUCUAUGGACUUGACCUCACUGUGGUGUUUCCGUUGGGUAACAGAAAACAAGGCUGACAUUUGUCAUUAGCCUAAAAUAUUUUAAAAGCAAAGAAUAAUGUUUAUUCAAAGUCUGAGCAGUUGUGGCAGCUAUGUUGAGAAAUGCAAGUGAACACCUGCCAUCAAAUUCCAGUGAAUCUUCAAAGUUACAUGUCAUUGAACAACAGUUAUCUUGUUUUACAUAUUGUACUUCAUUGACUGUAAGGGGUUUUGCCUUUUAUUUUUCUUCCUUUUUUCCUGCUGAUUUGAUACAUUUUUAUUUUAGUAAAGAUUUGUUCUAGAUGCUUUUCACAAUCUUUUCUAGGAAUGGCAACAUCCCUACAGAUAAUCAGGAACGAACAGUGACGUCGAUAUGCCUUCAUUUUUAGCAAAUGGUGGAAUGAUUUUUGCCAUCUUUGUGCUAGGCUUGCAGAUUUUCAAAAAUUUAUGAAAGUACUGAAAAAUGCUUGACUCAUAUUGGAGGUUCACAAAAAUUUAGUUUUUAGAUUUUAAAAAAGUGUGUGUAUUUUAUAACAUUUUCUGAUCUAUUUUUGUGAUGAAAGCUGCUCUAUGCUUUUCUGUGCAGAUGUCUUAUUUUGAUUAUAUAUUAUUUUAGAUAUUUUGUGCAGAAACCAGUUCUUUUUGUGGAUUUGAAAUUGGGAUUCACAUAUUCAAAAGGAAUGGUUGUGUGUAUGAGUGGUAACUGUAGGCAAGAAGAAUUCAGUAUUGCUGCAGUUGUUUACAUCACUUGGUGUUUGACUUGGUGAUAUUAUAUGGAUGAUGAGUAGUUGUGUCCAGGAUUGUAGCGUAAAUUUUCACAUAACAGUUCUCACAACUAGAUCCUUUGAUUUCAUUAUUACAGCCAUUAAUAUUCCCCAUGUGUAAACAUAUAAAGCAGAGGAUACAGAAGGGAUAACCUGUGAUUUGGGGUAUAUUAAAAUGGAGAAAAUAUUGGCUAUGGACAUUUAGUAAUAAAGGUGUAAAGGAAAAUACUAAUUUACCACAUGGAGUAAUGUUAAAAGCGGCUUUAUAUUCCAUUCUUUCAUUAAUAGUGCCAAGUUUGACAGGUUGGUGUUUGGAAAGCAAAAUUAUGGUUUUGAAAGUGUGAAUUCAUUAUUGGGAUGAAUAUGAUGUAGAUGAAUACUGUGUUGCUUACCUGGGAGGAGAGGGACCGGCCAGCAGAGUUUGUGAUGCUAAUCAAAUAUACCUUGAACAGAGCCAGAGUACAGGAACAUUGCUUUUCAGCUGGUGAAUCCAGCAAGUGUUGUUUCUCAUGGUGUAUAUGUCAUCGGCUCUUCCUAUGAUGCAUUCUUGUGUGCAUGGACUUUACUCUCCGUCUCUGCAAUAACUCAUGUCCUCUUUUUUUCUAAUGAUCGUCAUUGAGAAAACGUAUCUUGUUUAUAUAUAUCAUUUUAUAUUGUUGGUUGAUAUUUUUUGACAAAUUGCUAUGAUUGUGUGCUGUCUUCAAUUCUUGGUAGAAAGGUACUAUUUAGGACAAAAGAAUCUGCCCGUGUUUCAAAUAAAGUACACCAUCAUUCUCCACUGUGGAACAAUUUCUCAUAGUGUAUGUGAUCAACAUAGUAGCACUACCUGAAUAAAAAUACCUUAUUUACAACAACAA